AUGCCUCCCACAACCCAGCAAGUUCGCCCCGGUGCAGGCGUCCACAUUGUCCUGAAAAAAGACCAACCAACGGGCCGCACAGUCAGCGGCAUUGUGGGCGAGGUAUUGACGCGGGGUAAUCAUCCGAGGGGAAUUAAAGUCCGUUUGACGGAUGGGAGAGUGGGGAGAGUGCAGGCUAUGAAUACUAACACUAACUCUAACGAUAAUCCGGUUGGUACGGACGGUGUGGGUUCUGUCGACCUAGGGGGACCGGAGCAGGAAAGUUCUUGG